AUGCCAGACCUCAUCCGCGAAGCUGCCUUUGGACAACUUAUGAGGUGGAUCUCUGGAAACCGUCUGUUUCGCUAUCCUGAAGAAAGAGCAGACUUCCAACUUCCACCGCAGUAUCAACUCCUUUUGGGAAAUGGGGGAACGGAUGCAGGCAUUAAUGAAGCCAAACUUGACAGAGGUCUUUCUCUCUCGCAUGUCCCAAGCAGGGCUGAAACUAUCCCUCACUCUUACGAGCGUUUCGAUGUCGAACAACAACUUGAGGUUGAAAAAACAAAAUCUCUGUCAAUUGCUCCCAGGCUGACGAACGACGGAAUCAUCUUGGUGGAUUGGUACACAACGGACGAUCCAGACAACCCACUGAAUUGGAGUGACGGAAAAAAGUCCUUUGUCAUCUUCCUCCUCUGCUUCUACACCUGGGUUGUCUACAUCGGUUCGGCCAUAUACGCCGCAAGCGAAGAAGGCGUCAUAGCACAAUUCGGCGUCGGACAUACAGCAGCCAGCCUUCCUCUCUCGCUAUAUGUCCUGGCUUAUGGUAUCGGACCAUUGCUGUUCGCCCCGCUGACAGAGAUACCAAUCAUCGGCCGAAACUCGAUCUAUAUCAUUCCCUUUAUUCUAUUUUUCAUCAUUUCCAUCCCAACGGCAGCCACCAACAGUUUUGCCGCCUUGUUGGUCUUGCGCUUCUUGCAAGGAUUUUUUGGGAGUCCUGCGGUCGCAAACGCGGGUGCAUCGUUUGGAGACGUCUACUCCAUCAUGUAUUUCCCCUAUGCACUGGCGUGGUGGGUUUGGUCUGCGUGGGGAGGGCCAGCACUGGGGCCGCUGCUGAGUGGGUUUGCUGUCAGUGCCGAAAACUGGCACUGGGGUCUCUGGGAGAUGGUCUGGAUGGCCGCACCGGCGCUUGUCGUCCUCUUCUUCCUCCUCCCAGAAACUUCGGCGGCCAACAUUCUGCUCCGGCGUGCACAGCGGCUGAGAAGAGUGACCGGAUCUCCAAGGUUCCAAGCCCAAAGUGAAAUCGACCAGAGGAAUCUCACCGCACGCAACAUCGCCAUCCAUGCCUUGAUCAAGCCAGUUCAGAUCAUGGUUCAGGACCAGGCCAUCUUUUUCGCCAACUUGUACACUGCUCUGUUUUACGCGACUUACUUUACCUUCUUCGAGGUCUUCCCGCUCGUGUUCCCCAUCAUGUACGGCUUCAACCUUGGGGAAACGGGAUUGGCGUUUGUCCCAUGUCAGAUUGGCGCCACUCCGGGCCUCCUCACCUACUUUGCCUACCUACGGUGGUACAUGAUCCCGGACAACAAGAAGAAUGGCCUCCGCGAACAGGAACACAGACUCGUUCCCGGAAUUUUCGGGUCGUUCUUCUUCCCCAUCGGGCUCUUCAUCUUCGCUUGGACCGCUCGGCCGGACAUCCAUUGGACGGUGCCCAUCCUUGGAAUUGUCUUGUUCGUCUUCGGCACCUUCUUCAUUCUACAGAGCAUCUUUGUCUACGUGCCGCUCUCGUAUCCUCAGUACGCGGCGUCUCUGUUCGCCGCCAACGACCUGACUCGCUCUUCAUUCGCAGCUGGCAGCGUUCUCUUCGCAAGGCCGCUGUUUGUCAAUCUUGGAGUGGACAAAGGCGUCACGGUCUUGCCCUCAAUCAGUGUCUUAGGUAUCUUUGGCAUGUUUGUGUUGUAUUACUACGGUGCUAGCUUGCGCGCUCGGUCCAGGUUUGCGCAGGCUUAA